AUGAAUGAUGGUCCUGUUCACAUCAAUUGCAGAGAAAUCUGUGCUACACUUGAGAGAAUCCACACGAGAGAGAAAUCUUAUGAAUGUAACCAAUGUGGAAAGACUUUUACAUGGAAGGGUGGUCUUGUUCAACAUCAGAGAAUCCAUGAGAGAGAGAAACGUUAUGACUGUAAUCAAUGUGGAAAGGUUUUUAGAGACAGGAGUGUUCUUACUCGACAUCAGAGAAUCCACACUGGAGAGAAACCUUAUAAAUGUAAUCAAUGUGGAAAGGCUUUUACAAGGAAGUCUGGUUUUAUUUUGCAUCAGAGAAUCCACACUGGAGAUAAACAGUAUGAAUGUAAUCAAUGUGGAAAGACUUUUACAUGCAAGGGCACUCUUGUUCAGCAUCAGAGAACCCACAAUGGACAGAAACCUUAUGAAUGUAAACAAUGUGGAAAGGCUUUUAGGGAAAGCAGAGGUCUUAUUGUACAUCAGAGAACCCACACUGGAGAGAAACCUUAUGAAUGUAAGCAAUGUGGAAAGACUUUUACAUGGAAGGACAGUCUGGUUCAACAUCAGAGAAUCCACACUGGAGAGAAACCUUAUGAAUGUAAUCAAUGUGGAAAGGCUUUUAAGUGGUCUACCAAUCUUACUGUACAUCAAAGAAUGCACACUGGAGAAACACCUUAUGAGUGUAAUCAAUGUGGAAAGGCUUUUAAAUGGUAUACCAGCCUUACUCUACAUCAGAGAAUGCACACUGGAGAGAAACCUUAUAACUGUAAUCAAUGUGGAAAGGCUUUUAGGGAAAGUAGAGCUCUUACUCUACAUCAGAGUAUCCAUACUGGAGAGAAACCUUAUGACUGUAAUCAGUGUGGAAAGACUUUUAAAAAGAAGGCUCAGCUUGUUGUACAUCAGAGAACCCACUCUGGAGAGAAACCUUACAAAUGUAAUCAAUGUGGAAAGGCUUUUAAAUGGUGGAACAGUCUUACUCUACAUCAGAGCAUCCACACUGGAGAGAAACUUUAUGAAUGUAAUCAAUGUGGAAAGACUUAUACACAUAAGGCCAGUCUUGUUCAACAUCAAAAAAUCCACACUGGAGAGAAGCCUUAUAAAUGUAAUCAAUGUGGAAAGACUUUCAGAUGUAGGAAGAGCAUUCAUUUACAUCAGAGAAUCCACACUGGAGAGAAACCUUAUAAAUGCAAUCAAUGUGGAAAGGCUUAUAAAUGGUGGAACAGUCUUACUCUACAUCAGAGAAUCCACACUGGAGAGAACCUGUAUGAAUGUAAUCAAUGUGGAAAGACUUAUAGACGGAAGGACAGUCUUAUUCAACAUCAGAGAAUGCACAAUGGAGAGAAACCUUAUAAAUGUAAUCAAUGUGGAAAGACUUAUACAUGGAAGGACAGUCUUGUUCAACACCAGAGAAUCCACACUGGAGAGAAACCUUAUAAAUGCAAUCAAUGUGGAAAGACUUUCAGAUGUAGGAAGAGUAUUGGUGAACAUCAAAGAAUCCACACUGGAGAGAAACCUUAUGAAUGUAAUCAAUGUGGAAAGGCUUUUACGUGGAAGGAUGGUCUUGUUCAACAUCAGAGAAUCCACACUGGAGAGAAACCUUAUGAAUGCAAUCAAUGUGGAAAGGCUUUUAAGUGGUGUACCACACUUACUGUACAUCAGAGAAUCCACACUGGAGAGACACCUUAUGAAUGCAAUCAAUGUGGAAAGGCUUUUAAAUGGUAUACCAGUCUUAUUCUACACCAGAGAAUGCACACUGGAGAGAAACCUUAUGACUGUAAUCAAUGUGGAAAGGCUUUUAGGACAAGUAGAGCUCUUACUCAGCAUCAGAGAAUCCACACUGGAGAGAAACCUUAGGAAAUUGAUCAAUGUGGAAAGGCUUAUAAAUGGUGUUCUAGUCUUACUCUUCAUCAGAGAAUCCAUACUGCAGAGAAACCUUACAAAAGUAACCAAUGUGGAAAAGCUUUUACAUGGAUGGACCACACUUACUCUACAUUAGAGAAUACACAUUGGAGAGGGUCUCAAUCUGCCAAGCACCAAGGCCAGGCCCAAAGCAGGAGCCUGGAGCCAGAGGGAAUGGCCCCUGGGAGCCACAGCCCCCCACCCCAGGGUUUGGUGACGUUCAAGGAUGUGGCUGUGGACUUCACCCAUGAGGAGUGGGGGCUCUUGGACCAUCCUCAGAAGGAGUUGUACAAGGGAGUCAUGUUGGAAAAUGCCCAGAACCUGCUCUCCCUGGGGCUUCCAGUUCCCAGGGAAGAUGUGGUCUCCUAUUUUGAACAAAGGGAAGCACCAUGGAUGCUGGAGCAAGAAGGCCUGAGGAGGUGCCAUCCAGAAGAAGAGAGCAGACUUGAAAGGAAGGAAACAACUGUAAAGCUAAGCUUUUCUAUGGAAGAAACUCACAAGCAAAGAUUCAUGAAUGAUGGUCCUGGUGACAUGAAUCACAGAGAAAUCUGUGCUACACUUAAGAGAAUCCACAUGAGAGAGAAAUCUUAUGAAUGUAACCAAUGUGGAAAGACUUUUACAUGGAAGGAUGGUCUUGUGCAGCAUCAGAGAACCCACACUGGAGAGAAACCUUAUGAAUGUAAACAAUGUGGAAAGACUUUUACAUGGAAGGACAGUCUGGUUCAACAUCAGAGAAUCCACACUGGAGAGAAACCUUAUGAAUGUAAUCAAUGUGGAAAGGCUUUUAAGAGGUCUAACAAUCUUACUGUACAUCAGAGAAUGCACACUGGAGAAACACCUUAUGAGUGCAAUAAAUGUGGAAAGGCCUUUACAUGGUAUACCAGCCUUACUCUACAUCAGAGAAUGCAUACUGGAGAGAAACCUUAUAACUGUAAUCAAUGUGGAAAGGCUUUUAGGGAAAGUAGAGCUCUUACACUACAUCAGAGUAUCCAUACUGGAGAGAAAUCUCAUGACUGUAAUCAGUGUGGAAAGACUGUUAAAAAGAAGGCUCAGCUUGUUGUCCAUCAGAGAACUCAUUCUGGAGAGAAACCUUACAAAUGUAAUCAAUGUGGAAAGGCUUUUAAAUGGUGGAACAGUCUUCCUCUACAUCACAGCAUCCACACUGGAGAGAAACUUUAUGAAUGUAAUCAAUGUGGAAAGACUUAUACACAUAAGGCCAGUCUUGUUCACCAUCAGAAAAUCCACACUGGAGAGAAACCUUACAAAUGUAAUCAAUGUGGAAAGACUUUCAGAUGUAGGAAGAGUAUUCAUUUACAUCAGAGAAUCCAUACUGGAGAGAAACCUUAUAAAUGCAAUCAGUGUGGAAAACUUAUAAAUGGAAGGACAGUCUUGUUCAACAUCAGAGAAUCCACACUGGAGAAAAACCUUAUAAAUGCAAUCAAUGUGGAAAGACUUUCAGGUGUAGGAAGACUAUUAGUGAACAUCAGAGAAUCCACACUGGAGAGAAACCUUAGGAAUGUAAUCAAUGUGGAAAAGCUUUUACAUGGAUGGAUCACCCUUACCCAACAUUAGAGAAUACAUGCUGGAGAGGGUCGUAGGACUAACAAAUUUAUUAUGUAGGUUUGGAACUCAGGUCUUUGUGAUUUGAGGCCCAGCAUUCUAUCCACCACUUGUAUUCUCAUUUUCAAAGAGAAUAGGGUGAAAAUGCUCACUCAUGGAUGAGGUGGGAAAUAGAAGGAGAAUUUGACAAGCUUCUGCUAAAGGAUGGAAAUUAAUUUUUUUAACUGUCUAACAUUAAGUCACAAUGAAUUGCUAAUUACUAUUACAAAGAUUUCUUUUUCUAUUGGCUCAACAUAACUACUGCAUUAAAUGACAAAUGUACUUGAAGAUCAAUUGAAAACAUUGAUUUGGGUUCUUUUUUAUUACUAAUGAUUAUAUACAAAACAAUCUUUGAAAGGAUAGAAUUUUUUUAAACAUGACUUUGUUUUCUCUACCGCUGGUAAACUGGCUGCACAUUCAGAGAAGCUCUACUGAAUGACUAACCCACAUUGCCAACCAAGGCCUUUGAAAAGUUUGGAUGGAAAAAGUAACAUAAACAAAGGAGAAUUUCAAAUUAGAAAACAACCUUACUGUUUCCAUGGUCUGUUUUUAUAGAAACGUUAUGGUGGUCCGUAACGGUUUCAUGAUGACCUCUACUGUGUAUGCCUAGUGUUCAUGAUUUUUAAAUAACCUGCCUUCACUGUUGUAAGAAUGCAAACCCAAGUAAAAUCUUGAUCUGGUGAUUAUAAGGUAGACAAAGAAUGGGAGAACUACUCUGGUGCAAUGAGAGCCUCUCUUAUUCUUUCAAUGAAUGUCCAACCUUCCUGGAAGUUUGGAAACAAUUUGAUGUCAGGUUGAGAAACUGUAAGAAUAUGUUGCACAUAGUCAGAAGCAGUCGGAGUUUGAGUUACUUGCUGCACAAUUCCCAAAAGCAGUGUAGUCCAGAUCAUUGUAUUUUGGAAUCAGUGCAGAAAGACUGCUGUUAAGGUUGAAACAUUCACAUACUUGAUGUUUCAGAGGAUAAAUAUCUUUGUAACCAAACUGGACAAUUAUUUACCACUUGAGGUGCCACUGACAAAUUUUUAGCUCAAAUCCCUUGGAUCAUUGAACAAUCCUUGAAGAGGUUUGUGAACCUUGAAGGGGGAAGGCAUCCAAGAGGACCAAUAUUGAAGCACUCUGUUCACUUUUGUGGAAAAAGAUGAUGAAGUAAAAUUCCUAUAUCAGAUCCAUAUUUUCAGAUAUGGGCAAUGCCAUACAUUCCUUUAAUUGAGUGUUUAAGAUUUUAAUUUUAUUUUAUUGAGCAGAUGAAUUUAAUUAUAUUUUUUAA